UACAGCGCUGCCGCCGGUGCCCGCGACGGCAAGCCAGUAUCUGCCCCUCUCCCCAUCAAAACCCGGCCUCACAAUUGAUUGCCAGCUUCACCACUUCCCGGCAGUAGACAACCCUCUCCCACCGGCCACCUCCUAGAGCCACCCUGACCCCAUGGACAUGGACGAAGACCUACCAGCGUCCGAACCAUGCCCGACUUUCGCCAAGCUUGCUAGUUUCACGGGGCCGUCCGCGUCAACCAGCUCGUACGCCGGCCCAGAGGUGGAGGUCCGAGCGCUCGCCUCGAUGGCCACCGCGCUCUACCCGUUGGCACGGGCGGAGGGGCUCCGUGGCCUUGCUGCCUUCCUCGAGAAGGGGAAUGCCGGUAGUGGAGUUGCGGAGUACUGCUACGGCUAUGCGGCGGAAUUGCUGAGGGAUGAGGACGAGGGUAUCAGGCUGGGCGCCGUGCGAUUGGCUGGCAUUUGUGUGGAGAAGAUUGCUAUGAGAGAGGAAUUGAGUGGUGAUGCUGACCAAAUAGACCUGAUUUUCCUACAGCUUAGCUCCAUGGCUAGGGACAUGUGUGCAAAAGUAAGAAUUGAAGCAUUCAACGCACUUGCCAAAAUGCAGAGAGUAUCCGAUGGUGUGUUGCUUCAGUCCUUGUCUAAGAAGAUGAUAAAAACUGACACCGGAAGUGCCACAGGGAAAAAAAUAUCACCUAAAUUAGUAUUUCCCUGUGCUGCUGGCAUAUUUGCACAUGGGAUUGAAGAUGAAUUUUAUCAGGUGAGAGAAGCUGCCUGUAAAGCUUUGGGAGAACUUGCAAAGUUUUCAAACCAAUAUGCACAGAAGGCCUUGGACCUGUUGAUGGACAUGAUGAAUGAUGAUACAGAAGCAGUUAGACUGCAAACUUUGCGGACACUACUCGAUAUGGCAACAUAUGGACAUUUGAGUGUCCAGGAGAAGCACAUGCAUAUGUUCCUUGGCAUAUUGAUGGAUGCCAAUAUUAUAGUACGAAAUGCAGCACGCAAGAUCCUAGGGUUGGUGAAACUGCCUAAGCUUCAGAUGUUUAAAUCUGCACUUGAUGGUCUCAUUGCAGGUCUGGAGAAAGAUCCGGAGGAUCAAGAAAUAUAUGGUGUUCUGUUUUCCAUUGGCAAGAAUCAUGGGAGCUUUUCAGCCAAUAUAGCUAAGCAUUUAGCCAAAGAGAUCAGUAUGGCAUCUGAUGGAGAGCUGAUAUUGGACAAACCUAGGAUCAAAGCAUUGUUAAUAGUGUCUAUCUUGGCACCUUGUUCUGUUGAUAAAGAAAAAGAACUGGAUAUACCUGCAGUUAUAUUUUCACAUGCAAUUCCCCUACUUGGGACGAUCUUGUGUGCACUAGGAGAAGAUACACAAGAUUCGCUCUUAUCCCACUUGUUUCAUCGAUGUGGAUUGCCAUUUUGGGGUAAGAGGUUAGUGUCUUCAGAAGGUAAAGAUUCUGAAUGCUUCAGUGUUGAAACUGUGGAUGGAACUCAUGCACAGAUAGAAAAGACUGCAAUGUCAACGAAUUGCUUAGAUGAAGUCGUGAUAAUGCAAUCGACGAGGCUCAUACUAGAAACAGUUCAAGGCGCCUGGGCUAUGAGGAAGUCAUGCAUUACAGGAGAAGUUCAAAGUACUCUGAGGACAUGCAAAGAAGAAGUCAAUAUAUUAGCUGUAAAUUCUUCAGGAUCAGCUUAUGGGUUCUUGAGCUUUGUAAGCGACUAUAUUGAUGCAGUACAGCUCAUUGUUGAAAUGUGGCGUUUCGUUCAAUUGGAGAAUUCUUAUGCUUUUGGCCCAACAUCACAACAUAUUUUGCUAGAGAAGUUGGAUACAUCUGUGAGAAGGAUGAAAUGUUGUUAUGUCGGAUUGCAUAGAGAACUGGAGGUUCAGGUCUUGGAGCUUGCUUUGUUGGCUAUUCUAUUUAGACUGUCUGAGCUAGCAAUAUGUUCAGAAUUAGUGUUGGACAAGCUGCAUUGGAUAAUUAAUCACUUAGAUGGUCUAUGUGCCGAUGGAUCAUAUGAGCUUUCUGACUUCAGCCAAGAAGUUAAGAAAUCAUUUGAUGCUAACUGUAUUGACUGCAAUCCUGCUGUCAAUAUUUGCAGUUUUCUUGAAAUCUUUGAUCUAAAGCCAGCAACCAAUUUUGGAAUGGUUAAUGCUAGAAGUGCCGUGUUGAAAGUAUGUGAUACUGAUACUGAAAAUCCAUUAUCAUGUGUCCGUGGAUUGCCUGUGGGUGUAAGCUUUGACGUAUCUCUUCAAAAUAUCGCUAGCCACGAUAGAAUAUGGCUCCGCAUGAUUGCUGGUGAGUCCAUCCAACAUGUCUUCUUAGACUUGUCUUGUUUUGGGGGCGAUGAUAAGGUGAAGAGCUGCUCUACUGUCAUUCCUUUCUAUGCUACUCCAAUGGCAUGUUCAUUUGUUCUGAGGGCAUGUUUGGUAAUUGAAUGUCCAUUUGGAAGCAUCGGCGAUCAUCAGGAAGGACAUGGAGGACCAAGAGAUUGUGUAGUCCAACUCUGUGAUGAAUUGGAUGUCUACUUUGUUAGUGCUGAUAUGAGCAAAGGCGGUGGUUAGAAUGAUAGUGAUCAUAUGUUUCUUCUUUGGUAUGUACUCUUUGAUCGAUGUUACACUGUUGUCUUCUAACAGCAAGUGGUUAAAUGAUGGAAAUAUGAGUUGUUUGAUCAUGCACAAACAGUUAAAAACAUCAGUAGUGAGGAGUUUCAUGCGAUGCACUGUAUUACCAGAGUAAACUGAUUAUAAGUUGUUUUCAAGAAUGGAGAAUUCUGUGGACUAUGGAGCAUACGAACUCUUGUAUAGCUGUAGUGCCAGCAGGAACUCUGAAUAAAGAGUUCUGUUGCAAAGUGGUUCAUCCACCAUCCCCUGGAGCGGUGAUUCAU